UAAACGAACGCCCUCAUACCAAACAUUCGACAACGACAAUCGUCAUCGUAGCAUCAUUGCGGCAGGCUGCAGAAUUCAAUCAUAAAUCAUCAAAGAUGUCGAUUGGAGUACCAAUAAAAGUUUUGCACGAAGCCGAGGGACACAUCAUAACCUGCGAAACCAUUACCGGCGAAGUUUAUCGCGGUAAAUUAAUCGAGGCAGAAGAUAAUAUGAACUGUCAAAUGCAAAAUAUCACAGUCACCUACAGAGAUGGACGCGUCGCGCAAUUGGAAAAUGUUUACGUGCGAGGCUCUAAAAUUAGAUUCCUCAUUUUGCCAGACAUGUUGAAAAAUGCUCCAAUGUUUAAGAGGCCUGGCGGCAAAGGCUCUGGGUCAGCUGGUAGAGGCAAAUCUGCUAUUUUGCGAGCACAAGCAAGAGGCAGAGGACGAGGACAGAACCAACGAGGAAGAGGUACUGGUUCGGCUCCUUGGCUCAACCAGCAAAAUCAAGCUGGUGGAGCUCAACCAGGUAGAGGAAAAAGCUAAUUCUAGUGAAAUCAGGAAAGGUCAUGACCAAAAAUGAUCAACUGAAACUAUGUUUAAUAACUCAAAUUUAAUUAUAAUAUUUUUUUAAUUGUAAGUCUGAUAUAACAUUGAAUCAGUGCGAUAUUUCUAUAGAUUAUUCCUACAUCAAUAAAUAACUUAAAUAACUAUAAAAUUAUUAUUAUUCCUUCUAUUUUUAUUAUUACUUUAAAAAAAAAUUCAUUUUAUAAAGUAAUUUGAUCACAUAUGAUCAAAUGAGAUAAAAGAUUAAUUGGUUGCUAUUUCACAGUGUACUGCAUGAAAGCUUGAAUUAUGAAGUAUUUAUUUUUAAAUAAGUGAUUGUGGCAAAACAAUGUUGUAUUUCCUAUCUUAGAAAAAUGAUGAGUCGCUGAAAUCCAGGG